CGCUGUGUGGGACUUUGACCUUCUGGGUGGCCAUGGCGGCUGGCAGGGAGAAGGGCACCACGUGACCCCCGAGCAGUGACCCCAGCUCCACCGGUGCCCACACCGUAACUCCCAGUGCCCAUGGAUUUGAAGAGCGUGCUCUCCCUACCCCAGUACCCAGGGGACUUCCUGCACCCUGUGGUGUACGCCUGCACCGCAGUCAUGCUGCUGUGCCUGUGUGCCUCCGUGCUCACCUACGUCGUGCACCAGAGUGCCAUCCGCAUCAGCCGCAAGGGCCGGCACGCACUCCUCAACUUCUGCCUCCAGGCAGCCCUGACCUUCACCGUGUUUGCCGGCGGCAUCAACCGCACCAAGUACCCAGUCCUGUGCCAGGCGGUGGGCAUAGCACUGCACUACUCCACACUGUCCAGCUCGCUGUGGAUCCUGGUGACCGCUAGGAAUAUCUACAAGCAGGUGACCAGGAAAGCCCCACCGUGCUCUGGUGCAGAGCGGCCGGAUGCCAAGCAGCCCCUGCUCAGGUUUUACCUCCUCAGUGGGGGGGUCCCAUUCAUCAUCUGCGGGGUCACGGCGGCCACCAACAUCGGCAAUUACGGGACGGAGGAUGCGGAUGUGGCCUACUGCUGGAUGGCCUGGGAGCCCAGCCUGGGCGCCUUCUACGGACCUACCGCCUGCAUCACCCUGGUCACCUGCGUGUACUUCCUGGGCACCUAUGUACAGCUGCGGCGCCAUCCGGAGCGCAGGUACGAGCUCCGCGGAUGCACGGAGGAGCGGCAACGCCUGGCGAUGCCCGAGGCAGGCCCGGGCCGCGGGGCGCCUGCCACGCCGCCUGCCUGCGAGGCCCCGGCGCCCUCGCGGCUGCAGAACGAGCACUCGUUCAAGGCCCAGCUGCGGGCCACGGCCUUUACGCUGCUGCUCUUCGAUGCCACGUGGGCCUUUGGGGCGCUGGCCGUGUCCCAGGGCCCCUUCCUGGACAUGGUCUUCAGCUGCCUCUACGGCGCCUUCUGUGUGACGCUCGGUCUCUUCGUGCUCAUCCACCACUGCGCCAAGCGCGAGGACGUGUGGCGAUGCUGGUGGUCCUGCCGCCCGGCGCACGGCCCACUCGGCCAGUGUCCCACGCUCGACGCCAACGGGGACGCACUUGGGCCCGCCGCCUGCCUACAGGAUUCCCCGCGACCCGGCCAGCCGCGGGCCUUCACCGGCCACUGCAAGGUGACCAACCUGCAGGCUGCGCAGGGCCGCGCCAGCUGCCUGUCGCCGGCCACGCCCUGUUGCGCCGCCAUGCACUGCGAGCAGCUGGCUGAGGCGGAGCCCUGUGAGGAGCCUACCUUCGCGCACGGCGCGCACCUGCACCGCUGCCUGCGAGCCGGCCCCGAGGCUCCCUACUUCGGCGGGCACGAGUACGCCUACCACCUCCGGUCCAGCCUGGACGGCAGCCCCCGCAGCUCCCACUCGGACAGCGCCCCCAGCUCCCUGGACGGCCCCAGCGUGCCGCACGCGCUGCCUUGCUGUGCCCAGGCCGACCCCUUCGCGGUGGUCGGCCAGGCCGAAGACGGCGAGACCAGCCCUGGGCUCUACGGGUGCGCGCUGCGGCCUGGGUCCCUGGAGCUGUUGCACCGGACACAGUCCCUGCCCCUCGGAAGCCCAGGGCAGAACGGGCCACUCAAGGGUGACACCCGCACCCCACUGCCCUACGGCACCGACGGAACAGGCAACAUCCGGACGGGGCCCUGGAGGAAUGAGACGACCGUGUAGCCUGGCAAGCAGCAUCUCACGGCCCUGCAGACCCUGGACCCUGCCCACUCAGGGCCAGAGGCACCCGCUGCUCACAGGCAAUGCUCCCCGCCCAGGGCCGCCCAAACACCGGGCCUGCAGCGGCCUACCUGUUACCAGG